AUGAAUACCCUCCCCCACAUCGCCAAAUUAUCUACGGUGACCAGCGUCCAUACUGAGAAAGCCUACGCCCCCUUUGCGCAUUAUUCCCAAGCGAUUAAAGCAGGUGGCCAUGUUUGGCUGUCCGGCCAAAUUCCGGCAGACGCUGAUGGGAAUUUGAUAAAAGGGUCGACUGUUGAAAAAACCAAGGCUAUCAUCCAAAACACGGAGGCCAUUUUGAAAGAAGCGGGAUCUGGAUUGGACCGAGUGGUCAAAGUCGUGGUCUACCUCAUGAAUGCGAAUAUGAUGCCUGAUUUUACCUCAGUGUAUGAUCCAGCAUUUCCACACCGGCCUGCAAGGUCUAUGAUCGAGGUAUCCAAACUACCUGCUGGAGUUGAAAUCCAGGUCGACUUCAUUGCUGUGGUGUAG